CACAGGCUUCACGACCACUUUUUUUCCGAAUUCAGACCCGUGACCGGAGUUUGUCAGAUUUCCCCGCUAGCGAUGUUUGAACGAAAUUAGCUCGGAGCUCGUCGAAUCAUUCAAUUGGAGCAACAAAAUGUGUAGACCACUUUCCCCGUCGCCGUACUAAAGCCAGGUCCGGCUGGGCGAAACGCUAUGGCGUCUAUGCAGGCAGUGCAUGUCUAAUGGACACUUCGACCACGUCCAGUUCGGGGAGUCUUAUCGCAAAGCGCCUGCAGAAGGAGCUGCUGGCCAUGCAGAAGGAGCCACCGCCGGGCGUCAGCAUCGACCCCAACAACGUGGGACCCAACCUCACCCAGUGGGUGGUGGACAUGGACGGGGCAACAGGCACUCUGUACGAGGGAGAGAAGUUCCAGCUCCUGUUCAAGUUUAGCUCCAAGUACCCCUUCGAUUCACCCGAGGUGACUUUCCUGGGGCCCAACAUCCCGGUGCACCCACACAUCUACAGCAACGGCCACAUCUGCCUGUCCAUCCUGACGGACGACUGGUCCCCCGCCCUGUCGGUGCAGUCCGUCUGCCUCAGCAUUGUGUCCAUGCUGUCCAGCUGCAAGGAGAAGAAGAGGCCGCCGGACAACUCGCUGUACGUCAAGACGUGCAGCAAGAACCCCAAGAAGACCAAGUGGUGGUACCACGAUGACUCCGUCUGAUGUCGGGCGCUCCUAGGCUGGCUCCACCCUCCGCCGGAAGCACAUCGGCAGCAGCGGGACCGUGGCCGUGCCCCGCCAGGGGGCCCCAAGGACCCCCCAAGGUUCGCCCACCGGACGCCCGAAGCUCGUGUCUUUGAUACAGUUACGUUGUGAUAUUUUCUCGGACAAGGCCCCUCCCUACCCCGGUACGAACUGCUGCCAGCUGGGGUCACACAGCCCGUCGUCUUAGAGAAGAGGAUAAACCUUGCCUCCUACCCUCGCCUUUUUAUUUUUUUUCAUCAUUUUUUUUUUUGUUCUAUCGCGCGACGUAGUUUGCACGAUUGCACUUUUUUGCAGCUUCGGCGCAAUUGGUAUUCCGUCCCCGUUGGUCGGCGCGAGCGUCCAGACGCGACGACGCGGCGAUUCGAUCGAUGGAUCGGUUUGCGCCGCGUCAGUCUGGGACCGGCGGUUGCAGCCCCAAAAUCUGCAUUUGCUUCUUACCUCGGUGUUUCCCCCUAUCCAUCGGUGGAACGGAUCGAGGUUGUUUUCUAGUUUGGAAAGCCUUCUAGUCAUGUUGAAGUUUGUGGAGUGAACGCCGCGUUGCCGAUUUUCUCGGGGUCCCCGGGCGAGAGCCGACGCACGUCGAUGCCGGGUGGCGCCGCCUGUCGGAGGCAUGGCCGGAUGCCUCGCGGUAAAGAGUCGAAGGUGCGGGCGGGGGGUUGCUCGCGACUGCUCCGCCGAGAAUUGCUCCACUCGUCGGUGGCUCGAAUUAGACGAGUCCGUGAGUCGCGCGCAACUCGACGAAUGAUUUUCUUAUGCCGGGCGGCGCCACUGCCUUGCCGUCGCUACCUUCGCUCUUGGUUCGCGUUUCUCCCGCACAGACUGCCCGUCGGCGCUUAUUAAAGACCGUUUCCUUUGCCCGUGUCUCCAAGUUGUACAUAUGUAAAACCGUAAAAAGCUGAGAGAAAAAAAAUUAAUAAAAGGUUUCUAAUGGC